GCGGGUGCAAGUGAACCGCCCCUAGGGGUACGCGACUGUUGCAAGGUGCUAUAAAACCACCAUCGGGAGAUCCUCGCGGUCCAGUCGGGUUGUUUGCGCUUUGGGCACGUAACAGUAAUAAGACCGCGCAGUCGUCAUGUCGCUCGAAACGGUUAUCGAAAAGGUGAAGGCUCGGGUCGCUGCCGUCGAUCCGAACGGACCCCGGAAGGUGCUGGGAGUGUUCCAGUUUAACAUCAAAACCGCAUCCGGAGUUGAGCAGUAUGUGAUCGAUCUGAAGCAGUUGAAGGUGGAGAAGGGCACGACGGCGACACCGGACGUGACUGUUACCCUGACCGUGGAGGACCUGAUCGCGGUCAGUGCCCGUACGCUGUCCGUGGGCGAUGCGCUAACGCAGGGUAAACUUGAGAUUCAGGGUGAUGCCACGUUGGCUGCCAAGUUGGCCGAAGUCAUCUAGACAGACGGUGGAACUCCUUAAUCUCCGUUGUGAUUUAAAGACCUUACGCUUCGACUCCUUCAUUCUUCGGUUGAUUGUUGUGUGGAAUUUGCUGAUUUUUUUUAAAUAAAUCAAAACCAAACAUUCAUUGA